CUUCCACAACAGCUGAUUUUCUGUGGUUCAGCUGUCUCUUAUAAGCGAAAAGAAAUUUAAUAAUUUUCAAAUACAAUACUUCAGUCGAAAAAAUUUUUCACUGAGGAAACUAUUUUUAAGCUAAACCCGUUCGUAAGUUCAACCGAAGUUCCAAAAUUUGGAACUUGUAAAAUUACGUUGCUAUGGUUAGAGUGCCUUCUUUGGCCAUUAUAUAAUAUUUUUUAGUGCUAAAUUGUGAAAAUGUUGCGUUCUACCGUAAGCAAGGUCCUAAAUGGAUCGAAGUUAAGCCCAAAAUAUAUCACAUUUACAUGUAGAAGCAAUUCUGAUGUCGCCAAAAAGCCAGAAAAAGUCGAGGUCUUCAUUGAUGAUCAGUCUGUCUUAGUCGAUCCUGGAACUACCGUUUUGCAAGCAGCAGCUCAGAUUGGUGUGGAAAUACCACGAUUUUGUUAUCAUGAACGUCUAGCAGUUGCAGGCAACUGUCGAAUGUGCUUGGUGGAAGUUGAAAAGUCUCCUAAACCCGUUGCAGCUUGUGCUAUGCCAGUAAUGAAAGGAUGGCGUAUUAAAACUAACUCUGAAAUGACUAAAAAAGCUCGGGAAGGUGUUAUGGAAUUCCUGUUGGUCAAUCAUCCAUUAGAUUGCCCUAUUUGCGAUCAAGGUGGAGAAUGUGAUCUGCAAGAUCAAUCAAUGGCAUUUGGUUCAGACAGAUCCCGUUUUACUGAUAUCCACUUUUCUGGAAAGAGAGCUGUAGAAGAUAAAGAUCUAGGACCCUUGAUAAAAACAGUGAUGACAAGAUGUAUACACUGCACUAGAUGCAUCAGAUUUGCUUCUGAAGUUGCUGGAGUUGACGAUUUAGGAACUACUGGUCGUGGUUCAGAUAUGCAAAUUGGAACAUAUGUGGAAAAGUUAUUCAUGUCAGAAUUGUCAGGAAAUGUGAUUGAUUUGUGUCCUGUUGGAGCCCUAACUAGCAAACCAUAUAGUUUCACAGCUAGACCUUGGGAAAUAAGAAAAAUUGAUUCUAUAGAUGUUUCUGACGCUGUAGGUUCUAAUAUUGUAGUUUCUACUAGAACCAACGAGGUAUUAAGAAUUCUACCUAGAUUAAACGAAGAAAUUAAUGAAGAAUGGUUAGCAGAUAAACCAAGGUUUUCUUAUGAUGGCCUGAAAAGGCAAAGACUUGUCACUCCUAUGUUGAAGGAUAACAAUAAUCAUUUGACACCAGUUGAUUGGGAAAUCGCCCUCCUUACUGUUGGAAAAGUUUUGCAACAAGCAGGGCCAAACAUAGCAGCCAUUGCUGGUGGAAUGGCAGAUGCUGAAACUUUAGUGGCUGUCAAAGACCUGUUGAACCGUUUAGAUUCCGAGUUAACAUGCACCGAACAUAUUUUCCCCAUGGAUGGCUCUGGAACCGACCUGAGGUCAUCUUAUUUGCUUAACAAUAGAAUACAGAAUGCAGAAGAAGCAGAUGCUAUCCUUCUUAUUGGAACGAAUCCAAGGUUUGAGGCUCCACUUUUGAAUACUCGUAUAUUGAAAAGUUACCGUUAUAACGAGGCUGAGGUGGCCGUUAUUGGCCCGAAAGUAGAUCUACCCUAUGACUACCAUCACUUAGGUAAUAGUACGAAGACUAUAAAGGAUGUGGCUAAUGGAACAAGUCCGUUCUGUAAGAUUCUUAAGGGUGCUAAGAAACCGCUAAUAAUUGUUGGUGCUGAUCUUUUGAAAGGAUCUGAUGGCGCUGCUAUUCUUUCUACGGUACAGUCCAUCUCCGCUCAGUUGCCGAACAAACCAGAAGGAUGGAAAACCUUGAAUAUCUUGCACAAAGUGGCUAGCCAGGUUGCUGCUUUAGAUAUUGGCUACACUCCAGGUGUAGACAAGAUUCGUGAGGCAAAGCCAAAAGUUUUAUUCCUGAUUGGAGCUGAUGAAGGAGUGAUAAAUAAGGAAGAUUUACCACAAGACUGUUUCAUAAUAUACCAAGGUCAUCAUGGAGAUCGGGGCGCAAGUAUAGCUGAUGCCAUUUUACCUGGAGCAGCAUAUACUGAGAAACAAGCCACUUAUGUCAACACCGAAGGCAGAGCUCAACAAACAUUACCUGCUGUCAGUGCACCUGGCCAAGCAAAAGAAGAUUGGAAAAUUAUUAGAGCUUUGUCCGAAAUAAUUGGCAUAAAAUUGCCCUAUGACGAUUUGAACGAAAUUAGAAGUAGACUGAAUGAGGUAGCACCUCAUUUGAUCAGAUAUGGAGACGUUGAAAAUGCUAAUUACUUCAAGCAAGCUGCUCAACUUUUGCAGGAUAAACAGUUAGUUGGGGAUGGCCCAAUCGAUGUAAAGAUCAAGGAACUGAAGGAUUAUUAUAUGACAGACUCCAUAAGUAGGGCUUCAACUACAAUGGCGAAAUGUGUACAAGCUGUUAUGAAACAAAAAGAAUCAAAAUAUUGAAAUUAGGAAUAUAUUUUAGGAAAAAGUACACAAUUGUAUAUUAUUUUAUUAAUUAUAAGAUCAAAAGUGUUGGAGGUUAAAUCAAAUAGAACAAAAUAAUUUCAA